AGGUUAUUAUCCUAGGAAUUGGCAGUUGUUUCACGCUCAUCAGCAUUGAAGACAGAGUAUCACUGGGCAACGAUGCUUCUAGCUGGGCUCAUCGGCGUCACAGCCUGCGCCCAAGGCGUAAGGGCAAGACGGCUGUGGGCAACUGAACCUGCCGACCCAGCCAAUAUUAUUAUGACUGCUUAUCCACUAGGAAAUGGAAAGCUUGGAGCCAUGCCUCUUGGUUUAGUCGGAGAAGAUAUCGUGGUCUUAAACGAGCACAGUCUUUGGUCCGGAGGGCCUUUCCAAAGUCCCGACUACAUUGGCGGUAAUCCACCCGGCCCAGUAUAUACAGCCCUUCCAGGCAUCAGAGAGACAAUUUGGCAAACUCAAAUCAAUAAUGACAUAAGUCCGUUGUAUGGUGAUCCGGCGGAUUACUAUUACGGCAACUAUGAGACUCUGGGGAAUCUCACAGUCAAGAUUGCCGGGGUCAGUCAAUAUACCUCUUACAAUCGAGCGCUAGAUCUCGAGACAGGCAUACAUCAAACGGUAUUUCGGUCCAACGGUGCAAGUUUUACCACAACAACCUUCUGCACGUUUCCAAACCAAGUUUGUGUCUAUAACAUUCAAUCCAACAAGCCACUACCGGCCAUCACCAUUGGUCUACAGGACAAUGCUCGAAGUAACCCAUCGUCCAACUCGUCUUGCGAUGCUAAUGGAGUACAUCUGCGAGGACAAACCCAGGAGGGUAUUGGCAUGGUGUUCGACGCCCGCGUCCAAGUUGUUAACCGGCCCAAGGGAGUAGCAUGCAUAGCAUCCCACGAACUUAUCAUUCCUGCGGAGAGCAAAACUAGUUCAGUCACCGUGGUAUACGCAGCUGGAACAAAUUACGACCAGAAAAAUGGUACGAAAGCCAGCAAUUAUUCCUUCAAAGGAGUCGACCCAGCAUCAGCAGUGUUAUCAACUAUCCAAGCAGCUGCAAAAGAAAGCUAUAAUAGCUUGUAUAACUCCCACGUAAAGGACCAUAAUGCCUUGUUUAGCCAAUUUACUCUGAAGCUCCCAGACCCCGAUAAUUCGGGUUCAAUACCCACUGCAAAAUUGAUGGAAGACUACGACGAUGAGGUUGGCAAUCCUUUCAUUGAGAAUCUUCUCUUUGACUAUGGGAGAUAUCUUUUCAUUGGCUCGUGCAGACCAGGGUCUUUGCCUCCCAAUUUGCAGGGUAUUUGGACGGAAUCUCUAACUCCAGCUUGGAGCGCAGACUAUCACGUCGACGUUAACGUUCAGAUGAACCACUGGCACACCGAACAAACGGGACUUGGCGACAUCCAAGGGGCGCUGUGGGACUUUAUCACCGACACAUGGGUUCCGCGCGGCACUGAAACUGCAGCGUUGUUGUACGAUGCUCCUGGAUUCGUUGGGUUCAGCAAUCUUAACACAUUCGGGUUCACUGGCCAGAUGAACGCUGCUGUUUGGUCCGAUUACCCAGCAUCUGCUGCCUGGCUGAUGCAAAACGUUUGGAACCGAUAUGACUACGGCCGUGACACCAACUGGUGGAGGACGGUUGGAUAUCCACUGACGAAGGCUGUUGCCGAAUACUGGAUCCAUGAGAUGGUACCAGAUCUGUAUUCAAAUGAUGGAACCCUGGUUGCCGCGCCAUGCAACUCUCCUGAACACGGCUGGACGACAUUUGGAUGUACACACUACCAGCAGCUAGUGUGGGAAGUGUUUGAUCAUAUUAUCCAGAGCUGGGAAGCUUCUGGUGAUACCAACACGACAUUCCUUCAAACCGUCAAAGAAACGCAGGCCAAACUAUCUCCAGGCAUCAUUAUCGGUUGGUUCGGUCAAAUUCAAGAGUGGAAGAUCGGCUGGGAUCAGCCUAACGACGAGCAUCGUCAUCUUUCCCAGCUGGUCGGCUGGUAUCCUGGCUACAGCAUCGGCACAAAUAUGUGGAAUAAGACUGUGACUGAUGCUGUCAAUGUCACCCUGACGGCCCGAGGUAACGGCACGGCUGAUUCAAAUACCGGCUGGGAAAAAGUCUGGCGAGUUGCAUGCUGGGCUCAGCUUAACAACACAGAUAUCGCAUACACAUACUUAAAGUACGCUAUUGGCAUGAAUUAUGCGGAUAACGGCUUUUCUGUAUACACCACUGGCAGCUGGCCGUACGAGCUAGCAGCACCGUUCCAGAUUGACGCCAAUUUCGGCUACACUGCCGCGGUAUUGGCCAUGCUUAUCACCGAUCUGCCUGUGCCAUCAGCGUCCAAAGCUAUUCACACAGUUAUUUUGGGCCCGGCUAUUCCAUCAGAGUGGGCAAAUGGCUCGGUUACGGGUAUGCGCGUAAGAGGUGGUGGAUCUGUGGACUUUUCGUGGGAUAAGAAUGGCCUUGUGAAACAUGCGACCCUUCAUAACCAUAAGGCAUCGAUUAAAAUUGUUGAUGUAAAUGGCAAAAUCUUGCUUCACCAGUAAAGAGAAGAGAAAAGGCCUCCUUAAGAGGUAAUAAAACAAAUUGCGGUG